CGUUUAUGAUGGUGGUUAAGUUCUCUGAACUCUGAACUGCACACACCUGGACUACCGUUUUCUGUAAUCUGAAACAUAGAGACGUCGGAAUUCCGAAGAGAAAAAGAGCCGGAGAAUGCAGAGCCAGGAUGAAAUACGAAAUCUUCCAAUAGAUAUUGCUUUUGCUCGUCUCGGAGAAUGGUUGGCCGAUCGAAAGAGAAUUCCUGCCGAUUGGCGAAAACGACUUGCUACGGUAAGAGCUCGGAUUUCGUCGGCUUUUAAAUCUUUACCGAAGGAUAUUGAUCCCUAUUUCCAGACUCUUGAUCCAGAAGUUAUUGGGUAUAUGGAGGCAAAACAAAUAUGUGACACUCUGCUGAAGUCUACUCCAGAAAGCCGGAAUUUUUUUGGCCGGCUAUCAGGUUCUGCUGGUGAUUGGGAAGCCAUCGUCCGAGCUUUUGAGAAGGAUCACAUUUAUCUGGGUGAAGCUGCUCAGAUUAUGGUACAGAAUAUUAACUAUGAAAUUCCAUAUAAAAAAAAGCAAGUGCAGAAGAUUCAGCAACAACUUGCAGAACUAGAGCGCAAGGAAGCCGAUAUAAAAAGGAGUGCUGCUUUAUCAGCAGCUAAAUAUGCAGAAGCCUGUCAAGAGCUUGGAUUGCAGGGCAAAAAUGUGAGGUUGGAACUUCUGGAGACUGCGAAAUCACUUCCAAUUACAUUCAGUAAGUUUUUGGAAGUCAUAAAUGGUGAUGCUGUCUCACAGGCCAUGGAAUAUUACUCAAAUUUUGUCAGAGAUUCUCACACAGAAAAGGAGAGAACUCCAGGUGUUGUGCUACCAAAUUUGAGGGACAUUCAUGAAAACCCCCUAUCUCUGACAAUAUCUGUAGGGCCUGAGGUCGUUGAUUCUGUGAAAGAUAAUUCAAACUUGAACCCAUCUUCUCUUGCCAGUGAAGAGCAUGUACCAGUAGUGGAUCUUGGAACAGAUAAUAUUGAUUGGGACAUUUCUGUUGACAGCUCUCAGAUUGAUUGGGACAUUAAGAUGGAAGAAGAAACGGAUGAAACUAGCAACGGAUUGGGUCCAUAUGAGAUGAUAAAUGCCAGUGAUGCCUUACAGGAUUCAUUAUCAAGUAACAAUGUGGGAUCUGAUCAGCCUUUGUUAAGUAAAGUGGAAGACGACCUUGUCCCAGAGAUUUCUGUGUCAGAGAUAUCUUGGGAUAUUAGUGUUGAAAACCCUCAAGUUGAUGUGCUUGAAGAUUCUGUUUUUCCAGACUCAGGCCUGGUAACUCACACGUCAGUUCUGGAUGCAUCAGUGCAAACCCGAGAAAGUACAGAAGAAAGAAGCCAGCUUCUGGAGACUGAGUACAGAAAUAAGAUUCUUGAUGAUCUGUUUGAGAUUAAAGCAUUUCUAAAUCAACGAGUCAUGGAGCUGAGUGAUGAAGAGACUUCAUCUUUACAGCAUCAAGUUCAAGCAGUUGCACCUUUUGUACUGCAACAAUACACUUCUGAUACCAUCAAGAAAAUGCUUUCAGAGAUUUCCUUGGCAAUUGCGAUGCUUACAGACAGAAAAACACGGGAUUUGAUCAUGAUUCUCAACUCCAAAAGAUUCCUAGACAGACUAGUGAGCACAUUGGAGGAUAAGAAGCACCAUGAAGUGAAAUUGAAAGAGAGCUUGAAGGAUUUGUCAGCAAGACGCAUGGAGCUGCACAAUGCAUUAUCUUCUUCAUGGCCAAAGCAAGAAGCAGCACUUGCAAAAACCAGGGAGCUGAAGAAACUGUGUGAGAGUACAAUCUCAUCCAUGUUUGAUGGGAGGCCUGUCAAUAUUAUUGGAGAGAUUAAUGCCUUGUUAAGUAGUGGUAUUAGCACAUGAAUUUGCUGUUUCACCACAGCAACUGAUUGGAAUUGAAAAGUUUUGUGAUCUAAUAUUUUCAGAUUGUACUAGCAGACUGUAGACAUUACCGACAUUUUAAAAGGAAAACUUUUUACUUACAAGAUUUAUUUAA